CUCACUUAUCAGCCACUUUCGUCACUCGCUAAUAGAACUCGCAUUAUUACGCCAAGAGUGACCAAUCAGCAAAUCUCCAAGGUUGAGAAUGUGUGUGAGACAUAUAGAGUGGUAUCAUUGCUAUGAAUGUCAACAUGAGUUUAAUCAUCGAAUAGUCUUGAGGUCGUGUGCCAAAGCUGCGAUGGGAAGUUGUAUAAAGGUUAAACAGCAACGAGAUGUUAUCUUGAACUACGAUACCUGCAUUACUUGCAAGAGGUCUAGGAGAGCCGAGGAAAUUUGCCAGCAGAAAAUAUAUCGGCAGGUUCCCUUAUACUAUACUGUUAGAAAUGGAAGGUUCAUACGGGAGGAUUUCUGGUAGUUUAGGUAGGUUUAUGACGAUCUGGGCUAACCGGACCUAUCGAACAAUUGGUAGGUUUGGUCAAAUAGGCUUGGUUAGAAUUAGAUAGAACCAUUCCAUGCAUGCUAAUGACAGAAGCUUAUAGAAGGUAUAUUAGAGUAACUAGGUGAUUUAAGAUGAGGAAGAUAGACCGGAUCACUUUAAUAGUCGCUUAUUGUUUCGCUUGUUGUUAGAUACUAACAUAGACUUUGAGGCUGCGCUAUGUAUUACCUGGUCAUGAAUUCAAUCC